CUGGUUCUGGCCUGAGGAGAGGCGCCGGCGGUGAUAAAGCUGAGGGCCUGGCUGGGGCGUGUCUGUGUGUGGGGGAGCGGCUGCGGUCCUGGGUUGGGCUCUGCUAACGGCCCGAGGCUGGUGGAGGUGCUGGGGCCGAGACCAGAGAGGGGGUAGGUUGUUGUGGGAGGAGUGCGUGGGGCUCGGGGGGUGGUUUGGGGUAUUAGGGAUCUGUCUGAGCAGAGGCGUGGGUGUGUGGCGGGCAGGGGGCGUGAGGUACUCCAGGGCUAGAGUGGGGAAUGGGUCUGAACCCGAUUGUAUAUGUAACUUAACGUCGUGGGCCCAGACUUUGGCUUGACUGAGGUUGUGUAUUUGCCUGUGCUCUCUAGUUGUCUUUCUGCACAGUUUGAAAGCACCUCGUGGGCUGUGCCAUUAGGCCUGCACUGAGGAGCCAUUACCCACACUGGCUUUUGUGGCUGUGUUAACGUGGAGAGACAAAGGCUGGGGAAGGGAAAAUGACAGGAAGAGCUAGAGCCAGAGCCAGAGGGAGGCCUCCAGGACAGGAGACUGCUGUUCCUUCUGUAGGAGCUGCGUCUGCUCAACAGUCUUUUUCAAGUCAUCCAUCUGGUCAUCGGCAACCUCAACAGCCAAGUCUUCCGCAAACACUGUCAGAAGAAUUCGGUGGCCGUGGACGACAGAGAGGCCCUCAGAGUGUUCCAAAGCCUCCAGGAUUACAGAUUUCAGCCGGAUUUCAGGAGUUGUCUUUAGCAGAUAGGGGUGGACGUCGUCGGGAUUUCCAUGACCUAGGGGUGAAUACUCGGCAAGCCAUAGAACAUGUUCGAGAAUCAAAAACUGGUUCUUCAGGUAUUAUGAUAAAAUUAAUUGCAAAUUACUUUCGUCUGACAUCUCGACCCCAAUGGGCUUUGUAUCAGUACCAUAUUGGCUAUAAUCCUGAGAUGGAAGCACGCCGUCUUCGAUCAGCUUUGCUCUUUCAGCAUGAAGAGCUAAUUGGAAAGACACAUGCGUUUGAUGGAUCAAUAUUAUUCUUGCCAAAAAAACUAGGGAAUAAGGUUACUGAAGUGUUUAGUAAGACUCGAAAUGGAGAAGAUGUGAAGAUCACAAUCACACUGACUAAUGAAUUGCCACCUAGUUCACCUACAUGCCUGCAGUUUUAUAACAUCAUUUUUAGAAGGCUUUUGAAGAUGAUGAAUUUGCAGCAGAUUGGACGUAACUAUUACAACCCCAAUGACCCAGUCAGCAUCCCUAAUCACAGGUUGAUGGUUUGGCCAGGCUUCACAAGUUCUAUUCUCCAGUAUGAGGAAAGCAUUAUGUUAUGUGCAGAUGUGAGCCAUAAGAUUCUUCGCAGUGAAACAGUGUUGGAUUUUAUGUACAGUCUCUAUUACCAGGUUGAAGAGCAAAGAUUUAGAGAUGUCUGCGCUAAAGAACUGAUAGGUCUAAUUAUUCUUACAAAGUACAACAACAGAACAUACAGAGUUGAUGACAUUGACUGGGAUGCCAAUCCACAGUGUACUUUUAGACGGGCAGAUGGCUCUGAGAUCAGCUACGUAGACUACUACAAAAGGCAAUAUAAUCAAGAAAUUACUGACUUGAACCAGCCUGUCUUGAUCAGUCAGUCUCGGAGGAAGAGAGGAAGCAUGAUAUCAGGACCUGUGGUUCUAAUUCCAGAGCUGUGCUACUUAACAGGAUUGACUGAGAAGAUGCGGAAUGAUUUUAACAUGAUGAAAGACUUGGCCAUUCAUACACGACUGCCACCUGAGCGAAGGCAAUGUGAAAUUGGAAGACUUAUUGACUACAUCCAAAAAGAUGAUGGUGUUCAGAAGGAACUCCGGGACUGGGGUUUAAGCUUUGAUUCUAACUUGCUAUCCUUUACGGGAAGAGUUGUUCAAUCAGAAAAGAUCCUUCAAGCAGGAAAUGUGUUUGAUUACAAUCCUCAGUUUGCUGAUUGGUCAAGGGAAACUAGGGUAGCUCCCUUAAUCAGCGCAAAGCCUCUGGACAACUGGUUAUUAAUAUACACACGGCGCAACUAUGAUACUGCGAAUACAUUACUUCAGAAUCUGUUUAAAGUCACACCAUCUAUGGGAAUCAGAAUGAACAAGGCAACCAUGAUUGAAGUGGAUGAUAGAACAGAAGCUUACUUACGGGUUUUACAGCAAAGUAUCACUCCUGACACAAACAUAGCAGUUUGUAUUUUGUCUAGUUCCCGAAAGGAUAAGUAUGAUGCUAUAAAGAAAUACCUCUGUACGGAUUGUCCCAUUCCAAGUCAAUGUGUGAUUGCUCGCACUUUAAGCAAGCCUCAGACUACUCUGGCCAUAGCGACAAAGAUUGCCUUGCAAAUGAACUGUAAAAUGGGUGGAGAACUUUGGAGUGUUGAGAUCCCACUGAAACAGGUAAUGGUUGUGGGAAUUGAUUGUUACCAUGACACUUUAGCUGGGAAGCAGUCAAUUGCAGGAUUUGUCGCUAGCCUGAAUCAAACAAUGACACGGUGGUUCUCACGCUGUGUUGUUCAAAGUCGUGGGCAAGAACUUGUGGAUGGUCUCAAAGCUUGCUUGCAAACUGCUCUAAGAGAUUGGUUCAAGUGGAAUAAGUAUUUGCCCUCUCGUAUUAUUGUGUAUCGGGAUGGUGUAGGAGAUGGACAACUACAUACUUUGGUUAAUUACGAAGUGCCUCAAUUUCUGGAUUGCUUAAAGACUGUUGGCAAAGACUACAAUCCAAAACUUACUGUGAUAGUUGUGAAGAAACGAGUGAAUACCAGAUUCUUUGCACAGUCUGGUGGAGGACUUAAAAACCCACCCCCUGGUACUGUUGUUGAUGUUGAGGUUACCAGACCAGAAUGGUACGAUUUCUUUAUUGUGAGUCAGGCAGUGAGAAAUGGCUGUGUUGCACCCACUCAUUAUAAUGUGAUAUAUGACACUAGCAAACUGAAACCAGAUCAUGUGCAACGUUUAACCUACAAACUUUGCCACAUGUACUAUAACUGGUCGGGUGUUAUCAGAGUACCUGCUCCUUGCCAGUAUGCCCAUAAACUGGCUUUCCUUGUAGGUCAGAGUAUUCACAGAGAACCAAACCUGUUGCUUUCAGACAGACUUUAUUAUCUUUGAAGUUGAGAUAUCAGCUAAAAAACAAAGUGCAGUUCCUUUCUAGAGAAUAUACAAUUGUAUGAAUUUUUGUGGUUUUGUUGUUUUUAUUUUUUCUUUGAGACACGUGGGGUGAUGAGUGUGUGCAGUUGUGGAACUUCAUCUUCAUUGUAGCAGGAAAAAGGUUGAGGUAGCAGAUCUGCAUUUUGAAUAAAAAACAAUUUUCAAUAUUUGUUGACUGAGGUGUUUUUGGGAUUCUUCUCAAAAUAUUAUCAGUACUUAAUUUUAUUUAUGGUUUUGGUGAAGUUUGCUACGGAAUUAUUCUUAGCUUACAAGAUACAUAGUUAUGCUGACCAAAAUCCAAGCUUCUUCAGUUAGCACAUUAAUCUUCUAAUUUCAAAAAUGUGAUUGUUGUUCCCUUGCUUUCUUGGCUGUUAAAAUAAGAGCAAAACUAUCUUUUAACUAUUUCAUAUCAUCCACCUCUUAAAAAGAGAAAUUGUUUUGCUGUUUUUGGUUAUUGAGACAUUAAAAUUGCAAAGUGCUGCAAAAAAAACUGGAUGGGUUUUUAAUGCUUGUCCUUGUAAGUGAAUCACAGAGAAAUCAGAAACUGUCUUGUGCUCAUGUGUCUGCCUAAGAACAGAGGGAAAUGAAGUAGGAUUUUUCAAACUGGCAUAGCUAAGGAGGGAGCUCUGAGUAUACCAAAGCUUUGGGAAAUGUCGGAUGCAAAAUUACUUUUGUAUCUUACUACAACUCUAGAACACCUUUAUUAUCGAUGACUACAGGAUUCACUCUACAAAAGGAUGGAUUUCACUAAUCUUGAAUGAUCUUAUGUGGGCUUGGUGGCUUAGCACAGACUAUUCUAUUGACAUACUUUUGCGUAGUCGUGCAACUUCAUGUUAACUGCAGAGUGAAUAAAAGAUUGUUAUAGACAACUGCAGAUUUUAACUGGAAUGAACUAAGUUUUGUGGUUAACAUUGUUCGUUUUUCUCAUUUAGCAAGCAUUCAGUUCAUUUCCAGUGAAGAUAUCAGUGUCUAUGUCAGCACUGACUUGCGUUUAAAAAAAAUAAAUAAAUUUUACUAUUCACAGGGCUUUUGGGAUUUUCUAUUCCAAAUAAUUGGAAGUGCUUAGGUAUUGCUUUGGAUUGUAGUUCUAAGAUUCUUAGGGGUAACUGUUCUGCAGGAGUGGCUUAAUUUGUAAAGCAGAACACUGACUACUUCAGAUGUUGUGUUACCUGGUACAGACUCAAACUAGUUCAUGUGGAAGUAUUUGGAUUAGUGCUGUUUUUUGAAACUAACUUGUGAACCUUGUUCCUCUUCUUUGCAAGAUCUGAAUAAAGUUGUUGUAAUCCUUUAUUUGUUUACAUACUUCAAGACUGGACUUGGCAUACAAUGUGACAUGCUAGUGUAAAUUUUUUUUAAUCUCUAGAAAGUGUCUGCUUUAGAUGAGCCUUUAUUCUUCAGCAGAGGUCAGCGGUGUACUACAGUUCAGAAAAAUAAGGGGUCUCUACAACCUGUAUUCAGUUAAUUUUCUCAGCCUAGCAAAAAAAAAACAACCUUUACCACCCUCUUUCUUAUAUAUGAAAUUUGUAAUGAGGAGAGGCAUGUUUUCAGGCAACUGUGUUCGUCUUAUUGAUGCCAUAUUGUUGUACUGUAUUACUUAUAUAACUAGGAAAAAAUAACAUACACUAACAUGUACUUAAGCUUGUCAGGGGUAUUCUUCCUGGUAUGGUUUGUGUUACUUGAGGUCAGUAAAUAAGGAGCUGGUGCACCUGCUGCCUUAGCCUGCUAUAGAGAGGCAGGAGGUGACUCCUGCAUACUGUUUCUUCUCCGCAUGGGUGCAGUAUUUGAACAUGUAGGUUGCACCAGUACUGUAACCUGAAUGAAUGGAUCCUUGUGCAUGUCUCUUACCGUUUGCGUCUAGUUCUUUAGAGAGGGAGGGACAUCUAGCACAAUAAGCAGCAGCACAUACAGUAGAUGCACAAAACAUACUGCACUCUACAAAAUAUCAAAUUAUUUAUUUAUAUAAAAUAUAUUACACAACAAUUGUACACAUGCACACACCCACACGGUACUUUACCACAAAUUUAGGCCAUUUAUUUUCUUUAAUUAAAUGGUAUAAUCUAGCACACAGUAUCUUACAGUAAUUUACAAUAUUAUCUGAAGACACAAUGGGGAAGCUUUGAUCAUUCAUUUAUAAACCUUCCAUAAAUUACAAAAAGAAAGGCAGUCUGAAAAGUAUGUAUAAACAGUAAAAACAAUUUACAAAUGGACAAGAAUUACAAAAUAGUAACAGCCAAUGACUGCCAUCAGUGUGUAAGAUUGUUUUUAUUGAGAUGCCAAUAUUGCAAUUAAUAUUUUUAUCACCUUUUGCAGCCUUUUUACUGGCUACGGCUUGUGUAUAUAACAGGGUUUUUGACUUUAGACAUGCACUUAAUCUUUAAUCUGACAUCAACAGUAUGAAAAUGCCUUUUAACUUAGGACUGCACCUCCACCAGAAAAAAAGGUGGGAAGUAAAGGUUUCUUUUUAUUUUUUUAUGGUAAUUUAGAAUAGUGAACCAGGAACUCCAGAACUGAAGUUUGUGAUGUUUGUAUGAUUGAAAGUGGGGAUGAGGCUCUGAACAACUUAGACUGUAUCUGAUUUCAGUUUAGUGAAUAUGUUGACAAAAGAAACCUAUACAAGAGUUUUGGUUUGGAGAGGAAAAAAAGAAAGAAAAAAGCAUUUUGCUCAGUACUUUCAAACUCUCAAGAGUUGUAUCAUACAUUGAAUGGAAUUAGCAACAUCAUAUUUGAUCUUAAAUUACUAUGAUUUAGGGAAGAUGAGGACAAUUGAAUACACAGUACAUACAAAGUAUAUGUUGAAUAUUUAUUAGACAGUACAAAUCAUUGUGCAUUAAUAAGGCAAAACAUCAAGGCUGAUUUAAACUAGGAGUUUCAAGACCAUUUUUUUUAAAUGAUUAAGAUUAGACAGAAUGGGGUGAUCUCUCUUGACCAGCAAUCAAUGAACAGAUUUUUCUUUUUCACCUGACCCAGGGUUAAAGGAGACUAAAGGCUGAGAUUUAUCCAGUGCACUUGCAGGUGUUGAAUAGACUUCAGCUAAAAUCAUGUUCUUCCUGUCUUAAUCCCACAACCUGCUUUUUUCUUGCUGUUUUAAGCAAUUCACAUAAUUCUAUUGAUGUCAGAGUUAAAAAUGCAAAGGUUUAAUAAAGUUGUACUGCGUAGUCAUGAAAGCCCUAGUUUUGACAUUUAAAAAAAAAAAAUACACAGACUGGAAGCUUUACAAGUUGUCCAGGAGUACAUGAAUCAUUUCACUGCACCAAGUUUUUUCAGCAGUUUCUUGCCUUUGGAAAGCAGCCCCUUUUUCUUUUUCGAGGA